AUGAUUGAGUGUCACCCUACAGCUACUCCUGUGGACGCCCGCACCAAGCUCUCAGCUACCGAUGGUUCUCCUGUUGCAAAUCCUACACUGUAUCGCAGUCUUGCCGGUGCUCUUCAGUAUCUCACUCUGACUCGCCCUGACAUUGCUUAUGCCAUUCAGCAGGUCUAUCUCUUCAUGCAUGAUCCAUGCGAGCCUCAUCUCUCCUUGCUUAAACGGAUUCUACGCUAUGUCAAGGGCACCAUCUCUGUUGGUCUUCACCUCAGUGCUGGAUCAGUUGAUACUCUCAUCGUUUACUCAGAUGCUGAUUGGGCUGGCUGUCCUGAUUCUCGACGCUCUACGUCAGGCUACUGUGUUUACCUUGGCGAUAAUCUAGCGUCCUGGUCCUCCAAACGACAGACUAUUGUCUCUCGUUCCAGCGCUGAAGCGGAAUACCGGGCUGUGGCAAUCCUGUCCAUCAUCGGUGUACGAAGCAUAUUGAAAUUGACAUCCACUUUGUUCGCGACAAGGUUGCUCUGGGACAAGUUCGGGUGCUCCAUGUCCCGUCAUCACAUCAGUUUGCGGUCAUCAGGACAAAAGGACUGCCUAUUCAGUUAUUACUGA